UCUCCUCAGCGACGGGCGGGGCCCGUCCGAACCACCUCUAACAGCUGAGGUGGGUUGCGAGUGGGAGGCGGCGGCUGGUCCUCAGCGGUGUUUGGGAAGAUGGCGCCGCCGGUGACGGACCGGGGGCUGAAGAGCAUCGUGUGGCAGAAGAUAAAAGCAACAGUGUUUGAUGACUGCAAGAAAGAAGGCGAAUGGAAGAUAAUGCUUCUAGAUGAAUUUACCACUAAGCUUUUGGCAUCGUGUUGCAAAAUGACAGAUCUUCUAGCAGAGGGUAUAACUGUUGUGGAGAAUAUUUAUAAGAAUCGAGAACCUGUCAGACAAAUGAAAGCUCUUUAUUUUAUCUCUCCAACAUCAAAGUCUGUAGACUGUUUUUUACGUGAUUUCGGAAGUAAAUCGGAGAACAAAUACAAAGCAGCGUAUAUCUACUUCACUGACUUUUGCCCUGAUAGUCUCUUUAACAAAAUUAAGGCUUCUUGCUCCAAGACAAUAAGAAGAUGUAAAGAAAUAAAUAUUUCCUUCAUUCCACUUGAAUCUCAGGUAUAUACUCUUGAUGUACCAGAUGCAUUCUAUUACUGUUACAGUCCAGACCCUAGUAAUGCAAAUGGAAAAGAUAUCAUCAUGGAAGCGAUGGCUGAGCAGAUAGUUACAGUAUGUGCUACCCUGGAUGAAAAUCCUGGAGUAAGAUAUAAAAGUAAACCUCUAGAUAAUGCCAGUAAGCUUGCUCAGCUUGUUGAAAAAAAACUUGAAAACUACUACAAGAUUGAUGAAAAGAGCCUAAUAAAGGGUAAAACUCAUUCCCAGCUCAUAAUAAUUGAUCGUGGCUUUGAUCCUGUGUCCACUGUCCUGCAUGAACUGACCUUUCAGGCAAUGGCAUAUGAUCUACUGCCGAUUGAGAAUGAUACAUACAAAUAUAAAACAGAUGGGAAAGAAAAGGAGGCAAUCCUUGAAGAAGAUGAUGACCUCUGGGUCAGAAUUCGACAUCGGCAUAUUGCAGUUGUGUUAGAGGAAAUUCCCAAGCUUAUGAAAGAAAUUUCAUCAACAAAGAAAGCAACGGAAGGAAAGACAUCACUUAGUGCUCUUGCCCAACUGAUGAAAAAGAUGCCCCAUUUCCGUAAACAGAUUACUAAGCAAGUUGUUCAUCUUAAUUUAGCAGAAGAUUGCAUGAAUAAGUUCAAGCCUAAUAUAGAAAAGCUCUGCAAAACUGAACAGGACCUGGCACUUGGAACCGACGCAGAAGGACAGAAAGUCAAAGAUGCUAUGCGAGUACUCCUUCCAGUUCUACUCAACAAAAAUCAUGAUAAUUAUGAUAAAAUAAGAGCAAUCCUACUUUAUAUAUUCAGUAUUAAUGGAACUACGGAAGAAAACUUGGACAGGUUGAUCCAGAAUGUAAAGAUAGAAAAUGAGAGUGACAUGAUUCGUAACUGGAGUUACCUUGGUGUUCCCAUUGUCCCUCCCUCUCAACAAGGCAAACCAUUAAGAAAGGAUCGGUCUGCAGAAGAAACAUUUCAGCUCUCUCGAUGGACACCUUUUAUCAAAGAUAUUUUGGAGGAUGCCAUCGAUAAUAGAUUAGAUUCAAAAGAGUGGCCAUAUUGUUCCCAGUGUCCAGCAGUAUGGAAUGGCUCAGGAGCUGUAAGUGCUCGGCAGAAACCCAGAGCUAAUUAUUUAGAGGAUCGAAAAAAUGGGUCUAAGCUGAUUAUUUUUGUAAUCGGAGGAAUUACAUAUUCUGAAAUGCGUUGUGCUUAUGAAGUAUCUCAGGCACAUAAAUCCUGUGAAGUUAUUAUUGGUUCCACGCAUAUUUUAACACCCAAAAAGCUGUUGGAUGAUAUAAAGAUGCUGAAUAAACCCAAGGAUAAAGUCUCCUUUAUUAAAGAUGAAUAGCAUUUUAGCAGGGGAGGGAUUUGGAGAUUCUUAUUAAUUUGAUCAACUAAAGUAGAUCAAGACAUUGUGGCUGUCAUGUAAUUUAAAAAAUGUAAAUAUUUUAAGGAAUAAUGACUUUUCAAGUAUAUUUCUUAAGGGACUGUUUAUGAUUGCAUAUCAUUGGAUUUGCCAUUUUUAAUUUAAAUAUUGUUGCUGCUUUGUAGAUGAUGAGAAGAAAUGUUAAAAUGCUUUCUAAAAGGAAAUAUUUUCAGCUUUGGAACAGUAUAUUACAGUUGUGGGUAAUUUUUCACAGCCACCUAUGUACAUACUAAUUACUUAUUAGAUACUUAUCUGUCUAAUGCUGAAGUAUAGUGUUUUGGGAAAGAAUGAUUCUAAAUGAAAAGGUUGUAAAAGUAAAAACUGUGAACUUGUAUGUAUGAUAGAACGAUUUCCUAUAAGUGCAGUUUUUCUUUCAACUGAAAUUCAUAACUUCUUUUAUAUGUAAAGUAAUUUAGUCAUUAAUAGGAAUAGAAUGAUUUCACAGCAUAUACUGUUGCUAGAUACUUCUGAAGAACACAAUUUUGUAUAAUUCUGAAUAAUGUAUGUUUAAAUUAGCAAACAAAAAUAAUCAUGAACAUUCUAAGAGAAAAUAAAUAUAUACUUACAAAAA